AUGGUGAAGGAGAGCCUCCCCACCUGGGUCCACCAGGAGCCAGAUGACGUUCUGGUCCACAUCAAUGUGGGCGGUCUGAAGAAGAGCCUGUGCUCCAGCACGCUGAAGAAGUUCCCCGACACCAGACUGGGGAGGCUGCUGUCCUGCCACUCCGAGGAUGACAUUCUCCAGGUGUGUGACGACUACGACGUGCAGCAGAAGGAGUUUUACUUUGACCGAAAUCCGGGUUUGUUCCCCUAUGUGAUCCACUUUUACCAGACUGGAAAGCUUCACAUCAUGGAGGAGCUGUGUGUGUUUUCCUUCAGCCAGGAGAUGGAGUACUGGGGCAUCAACGACUUCUUUCUGGACUCGUGCUGCAGCUUCUGGUAUCACGACAGGAAGUUGGCCAGCAGACGGCGCCGCAGCUGGGAUGAAGACAGCGACGUGAGCAGUGUGGACACAUCAGUGGACGAGAUCACGGACUUGAAGCGGGACAUGCAGCACUUCCAGGAGGUGCACUGCGGGAGCGUUCGCAAGUGUCUGUGGCUGACGCUGGAGAACCCCGGCUACUCCGUCCCCAGCAAGCUCUUCAGCCUGCUCUCCAUCUGCGUCGUGCUCACAUCCAUCGCCAGCAUGUGCAUCAACAGCAUCCCAGAGUACCAGGUCUUUGACUCCGAGGGGAAGCUGGUGGAGGACCCGACCACACGGAAGCUGGAAGUCUUCUGCUCCUGCUGGUUCACCUUUGAGGUGGUGACGCGGCUGCUGCUGGCGCCCAACAGGAGGAAGUUCUUCCGUCACCCUCUGAAUCUCAUCGACGUGGUGUCGGUGGUUCCCAUCUACAUCACACUGCUCUGCGACUGGACCCUUGGUGCCGAGGCGGAACUGGGGAAUCUGGGACGCUUAGUCCAGGUCUUCAGACUGAUGCGGAUCUUCAGAGUGUUGAAACUUGCUCGUCACUCGACAGGACUCAGGUCAUUGGGAGCCACGCUGAGGCACAGCUACCGGGAGGUAGGGAUCCUGCUGCUCUACCUGGCGGUCGGCGUCUCCGUCUUCUCCGGGAUCGCCUACACAGCCGAGUACGAGGAGGAUGUGGGUCUGGACACCAUCCCGGCCUGCUGGUGGUGGGGUACGGUCAGCAUGACCACGGUGGGUUACGGCGACUUGGUGCCAGUGACCGUGGCGGGCAAACUGGCGGCCAGCGGCUGUAUCCUGGGCGGCACCCUGGUGGUGGCGCUGCCCAUCACACUCAUCUUCAACAAGUUCUCACACUUCUACCGGCGACAGAAGGCACUGGAGGCCUCUGUGCGGGAGAACAAUCGCAGGAAGAUCAGCCGGGAGCCAGACCACGAGGAGAACCUGGACGAGUCAGAUGGCUACGAGGACGAAGGUGGCGUGAUCAACUACAGCUAUGUGGAGCACCCGUCUUUCCCGGACAGUAGGCAGAUAUGA